UUGCAUGUUUGCCAAAUGGUUUUAAAGAUCUUUCUUCAAGAAGCAGAAAGACAACUGUACCUAACAUGAAGAUUAGUUGUAAUUACAGCUUCUCUGGCGAGCAAAAUCGAUGUAUGGUGGUAUCCAGCUAUAAACCAAAGAGUUCCCAUUAACCGGAAUACUGAAUCCUUGCAGAAGGACAGCGUCACUGAAGUCCAGCUCUGGCCAAUUUUAUCGGCACUAAUGAGUACACAUUCAAUAAAAGACCAUCAAAGCAAAAGAAUGGCGAAUACAGUUCCUGAGGAUGAUUUUGGUACAAAGUUGAUUAACUACUUGAACUUAACGCAACAAAGCAAAGGCAACGAAUCGACAUUUAAUUCAUCCUCUGAUUUAUAUUUAUUUACCGUGUAUAUGUAUAUGUAUGUGCAACCUAUUCUUUGUGUUCUUGGCUUUCUCGGAAAUUUUAUAUCCGUGUUUGUUUUCUGUUCGAAACCUUUGAGGAAUGCUUCGUCAAACGUUUAUCUGACGGCCUUGUCUUGUACCAGUUUUGUGUUCUGCCUUUCAAAUUUCUUCGUGUGGCUAGAGAUCGUCAAAGUUCAGUUAUUUCACCAAGAGGUCUUAUGUCAGACCAUCAUUUAUAUAACUUAUGUCUGCAGCUUUCUUACUGUGUGGUAUGUCGUCUGUAUCACUUUCGAAAACUUUGUUGUAACGAUUAACCUUCGUUAUGCUGUUAUCGUCUGCACCGUUUACAAAGCAAGGGUCAUAGUGACGUCACUUGCAGUCACGGCUAUUCUCUUGUAUUCAUUUGCCUUGUGGACAACAAAACUGCAGAAUGAGAACGGAAUGAUUUAUUGUGAUAUCGGAAAAGAUUAUCAGGAAACACUACAUGUCUUUACCUACAUCGAUAUCAUUAUCACACUUGCCGUUCCAUUUAUAACUAUGGCUUUCUUUUUGGGUGCUGUUUAUCUUAAGCAUAUUUUACUUCGAGUUCCAUGUAAGCCGGGGUGUACAAUGACCCAUCCAAGAACUCAUAAGCAUAAAUCUAGAGGAAACAGAAACGAGUCUCUGACCAGAAUUACACGGGUUUUAUUAGCCAUAGGAUCGUCCUAUAUGGUGUUAUCUGUUCCAUCUUGUGUGAACAAAAUUCGAUCCAUCGUUUUGUCCAUGAAGAAUCAGCAAGAACCUCCCUCGCCAGAUAGCUGGGCAAUUGUCCAGAUUUGUCAAAUGAUAUACUACCUCUCAUUCUGUCUUAAUUUUGUUUAUUACGUUAAAUGGAGUGUAAAUUACAGAAGAGCUCUUGGGAAUUUUUUCAAGAUUUUUCUUUGCAAUCGAACAUCGGAUGAUGACAACAACAAAUGUGCUCAAGUGCCAUUGAUAAAUAUUCUAUCUCGAAAAAAUGUUUCUCAAGAAAUAGACCAGAUUGCUACAUAUGUAUGAUGGAUUUUUUGUACUUUAAACGAGGAGGAAAUAUAACUAAUGACGUUCCCAUGUGCCAAUUAUCUUAUUGAUAUGAUAUACUGGUUUACAUCAUAAAGAAUAGUACUUUAAGAACUAAAGUAUAAGCAACCGUUUUAGGGGCAUUAUAAAUAUUUAUACUUUUUAAAAUAUUUAUAUUGAUAUUAUAAUGAAAUCUGAAAGACUAAAAGUUCUGUCUCGAAAAUUUGGAGGAAUCUAUCGAGUUAAUCUGUGCUUCAGAUAUUAUAAAUUUGCUUUAA